UAUUUAGUUCACGCCCAGCCUCUGCCUAGACAGGUGUGCUGGAACAGGUGCGCCCCAGACAAAUGAAUCUCUUCUAAGAGGCUCCCCAGCAGAAGUUUUCAUUUACAGUUGUUCCUUGCAGGUGCCAUACAGCAUGGAGUGAUACAGAGGUUUUUUUCCAUGUAAGUGCCCCUAAAUAGGUGUUUUCCCACAGAUACAUUCUUGACAGGUGGGCCUCAGUAUAUGUGAGCCCCUGCCCUGAUGGUUUUACCCACAGAUGUGUGUCAAUGUGAGUGUGCCCCGUGCAGAUGUUCCAAGUUCUUCCCCUCACUUGAGCUCAACUCCAUACAGGUGCUCCUCCUACAAGGUGCUUUCUCUUACCUCACAGGUGCGCCCACAGCGCGGCCCCGCCCCCUUCUUGACUCCGCCCUCUCAGCGAGGCUCAGGUGCACAAGCCGGAAGUGCGCUCUCCCAGGUGAGUGACUAAACUUUCCGGGUCACGUGAGCGGGCGGAGCCGGUGGGGUCGGACCCACAGAACGACCGACGGACCGAGGGUUCGAGGGAGGGACACGGACCAGGAACCUGAGCUAGGUCAAAGACGCCCGGGCCAGGUGCCCCGUCGCAGGUGCCCCUGGCCGGAGAUGCGGUAGGAGGGGCGAGCGCGAGAAGCCCCUUCCUCGGCGCUGCCAACCCGCCACCCAGCCCAUGGCGAACCCCGGGCUGGGGCUGCUUCUGGCGCUGGGCCUGCCGUUCCUGCUGGCCCGCUGGGGCCGAGCCUGGGGGCAAAUACAGACCGCUUCUGCAAAUGAGGAUAGCACUGUUUUGCCUUCAUCCACCAGCUCCAGCUCCAGCUCCAGCUCCAGCUCCGAUGGCAACCUGCGUCCGGAAGCCACCACUGCUAUCAUUGUGGUCUUCUCCCUCUUGGCUGCCUUGCUCCUGGCUGUGGGGCUGGCACUGUUGGUGCGGAAGCUUCGGGAGAAGCGGCAGACGGAGGGCACCUACCGGCCCAGUAGCGAGGAGCAGUUCUCCCAUGCAGCCGAGGCCCGGGCCCCUCAGGACUCCAAGGAGACGGUGCAGGGCUGCCUGCCCAUCUAGGUCCCCUCUCCUGCAUCUGUCUCCCUUCAUUGCUGUGUGACCUUGGGGAAAGGCAGUGCCCUCUCUGAGCAGUCAGAUCCACCCAGUGCUUAAUAGCAGGGAAGAAGGUACUUCAAAGACUCUGCCCCUGAGGUCAAGAGAGGAUGGGGCUAUUCACUUUUAUAUAUUUAUAUAAAAUUAGUAGUGAGAUGUAAC